CGCCAGACUGCCGAGCGCGCCGGGCCUCCCGCUUCCCCGCGCCUCGCUCGGCCACGCCGCGUACGACUCUACCAAACCUCAAGUUCGCUACCGUCGCGAGUGCACUAUGACACUAGUGAGCUAGCGGGCCGCUGUGACGGUGUCAAUAAUCUAUGUGUAUGUGUUCACGUGCUAGUGUGUUGUGUUAGGUUGGGCCCGUGACGAAAAACGUUCGUGGUGGCCAGCGGAGCCUUGCACCCGGGCUCGGGGCGAGCUUUCAUGGCUCAGCCUAGGUACGACGAGAGCCUUCACGGCGGAGGUUACAUGGAGGGCGGCGCGAUGUACCACGAGCACCGGCUCACGCACCCGCACCUGCCGCCCGUGCACUACCCGCCGCCGGCGGCGCCGACGCACGCGCUGCCCGGCGAGCCGCUCGUGCACAAGCGCGACAAGGAUGCCAUAUACGGGCACCCGCUCUUCCCCCUCCUGGCGCUGAUCUUCGAGAAGUGCGAGCUGGCGACGUGUACACCACGCGACCCCGGCGUGGCGGGCGGCGACGUCUGCUCCUCCGAGUCCUUCAACGAGGACAUCGCCGUCUUCAGCAAACAGAUUCGCCAAGAAAAACCUUAUUACAUAGCAGACCCUGAGGUCGACUCAUUAAUGGUGCAAGCGAUACAAGUGCUACGGUUUCACCUAUUAGAAUUAGAAAAAGUACACGAGCUGUGCGACAACUUCUGCCACCGCUACAUCAGCUGCCUGAAGGGCAAGAUGCCCAUCGACCUGGUGAUCGACGAGCGGGAGUCGGCGCGGCCGCCCGACGCCAACGGCGAGCCUCGCUCCGCGCCCGACUCGUCGCACGACGGAGCCAGCACCCCCGACGUCAGACCGCCGUCGUCGUCGUUGUCGUACGGCGCCGUGAACGACGACGUGCGCUCGCCGGGCUCCGGCGGCACGCCCGGCCCGCUCAGCCAGCCCCCGCCACAGACCCUCGACACCAGUGACCCAGAUCCCAUGGGCAAAUGGUGCGGGUCCCGACGCGAAUGGUCGCAGUCGGACGCCGCGCGGCGGGUAUACCAGUCAGUGUUCCUGGGCAGCCCGGGUGAGUACCCAGGUGACGCCAGUAACGCGAGUAUUGGCUCCGGGGAGGGCACGGGCGAGGAGGACGACGACACCAACGGCAAGAAGAACCAAAAGAAACGGGGCAUCUUCCCGAAGGUCGCCACCAACAUACUGCGGGCGUGGCUCUUUCAGCACUUAACGCAUCCGUACCCGUCAGAAGACCAAAAGAAGCAAUUAGCACAAGACACAGGGUUAACGAUACUACAAGUAAAUAAUUGGUUUAUCAACGCGAGACGUAGGAUAGUACAGCCCAUGAUAGACCAAUCGAAUAGAGCAGUGUUCUAUCCCGCAGUGUUCCCGCACGCGGGCCCGAGCGGCGCGUACAGCCCCGAGGCGACCAUGGGCUACAUGAUGGACGGACAGCAGAUGAUGCACCGGCCGGCCACCGACCCCGCCUUCCACCAGGGCUACGCGCACUACCCGGCGGACUACUACGGGCACCAUCUCUAAUGCACAUUGUACAUGUAAGUGAAGCGUGUAGUCCGCGA